AUGGCGGAUGUGCCAGCACCAACCCCAAUCACUGAAUGGCCGGAUUAUGCUGUCGACCCUAACGGUGGAAAUGUUAUGACCACUGACCUCAACGCGCUCUACGACAAGGGCGACCUGCAAAUCACACCUGCGAUCGGUUUCCUUUACGCAGGAAUGCACCGCCGGAAAGCAGCGCUUACCAUGAUCUUUCAAUCCCUUUUCUGCGCAUGCGCGGUAGGCAUCCAAUUCUGGGUGUACGGUUACUCCCUCUACCAGUCACAUACCACGGGUCCUUUCAUAGGAGAUUUGUCCAAAGCAGGUUUACACAACACUCUUGGCUCACCUUCGCUCGCGAAUGCGGAUAUCCCAGACAUCCUUUAUGCCGCCUUUGGUUUCACGUUUGUCACCUGCACCGCAAUGAUCUUGGCAGGAGCGAUGCUUGAGCGAGGGCGUCUAGGGCCGUCGAUGAUAUUCUUGCUCUGCUGGACCACUUUCGUGUACUACGUGCUCGCAUAUGCGGAAUGGAAUCCUAGUGGUUGGCUUUACAAACUCGGAGUCCUCGAUUUUGCGGGUUCUGGUCCUGUGCAUAUUGCGUCUGGAUUUUCUGCUUUAGCAUGGGCGUUGAUGCUGGGCAAGCGUGUCGAUCCGCACAAGGAGUCGCAUCAUCCCAGGAUUCCGCACUUCAAGCCUCACAGCCCUUUUCUUGUUGGGCUCGGCACGAUAUUGAUCUGGUUCGGAUGGUUUGCGUUCAAUGGUGCCUCUGGUGCUAAUAUCACCAUUCGUUCUGUUUACAUCGUCUGCAAUACCAACCUCGCAGCCUGUGGCGGCGGUAUGGCAUGGGUCUUACUGGAGUAUAUAUUCACCCGCAAGUUCUCGAUUAUCGGCUUUUGCUCAGGCAUCAUCUCCGGCCUUGUCGGUAUCACGCCGGCCUGCGGAUUUGUUCCUGUCCAGACAUCGGCGCUGAUCGGUGCUCUCACUGCUUGCGGAUCCUUCUUCACAGUCCGAUACAAGUACCUCCUCGGCAUUGAUGAGGGUCUAGACAUCUUCGCCAUACAUGGUGUUGGCGGCUACAUCGGCGACAUCAUGACCGGUUUCUUCGCUGCGCCCUACGUACCCGCCAUGGACGGCGUAAGCAAUUUCUACGAGGGUGGCUGGUGGGCUCGGAACUGGAAACAAAUGGGAUACCAGCUGGCUGCUGCGACUACAUGCGCAGCAUGGUCAUUCGUCAUUUCGGCUAUCUUGCUGUUCAUUAUCAACAAAAUUCCUGGUUGUCAUAUUCGCGCGACCGAGGACGACGAGCUGAGGGGACUCGACUACAAAUAUUUUAGUGAUGCGGACGAAGACAUGAUGGUCUUGACCGGAUAUGGGCCUAGGACUCCUGGAUCAACAGCAUCGGGUGCUGCGAGUGGAUCCGAUAGUCAUCAAGACGUACCUGUUGUAACGGAGAAACAAGAUUGA